AUGGCACGAGUGCAGGUCGGGCCGGCGGUCGGCGGGGCGCUGCUUUUUACGCUCUUGGCGUCCGCCACGCCGGCUUGGAGCCUGCAGGGAACUUGCUUCGACAAUGUGGAGCAGAUGGCUCAUUGCUGCGAUCAGCCGGAGCGUUGCUUCGGCCCGGACAGCACGAUGAAAAAUGCCACCUACGACGACUGCUGUGGACCAGGAUUUCAAGAGUUCAUGAAGAUCUUCUUGAGCAAGGUCGUGAGAGUGGCAGAGGACACCGAGGAGCUCCGGGAGAUGCAGACCAUUAUGAAGGCGUACCUGAUAUUUGUAAACAGCCUUGACACCACUGCGUGGGAGCUGGCUGCCCAAGUGGAAGGCAAGCUGGCCAUCUCCCACUACAACAGUCUCACCAUGCACGAUGUGAAUCAUCACCUGGGCGUUCGAGGCUUCAUGAAGAAACGCUUGGAGAUCAUGAAGGACCUAAAUCACGCCGCCCACUUCUGUGAGAACUUCUUUCAAGCUCUGUGGUACCACCACGCCCAGGCCACCGGUCGGUCGGCUGUCGAGACAGACAUCAAAAGUGUGCGUCCGCUCUUCGCACCCACGAUGCAGCUGUACGAGGCCAUCCAGGAUGCCUCUGACAGGCUUUUGUACGACAAGAUCGCGGCCAGCUCAGUAUUCCCCGAGGUGUGGCCGGCCCUCGACAACUCACUCGAGGUUGUCCUGGUUGUGAAUGUUGUUGGGAAGUGGGCCUCUGUUGGUGUCGUCACAUUCUGGAGCAUCCUGAAGCACCGUACAACGCCCUUGAGGAUCUUCGUGUUCGGGGAUCAAGCAGGGAUCCGAGACUGGCGACGCAUCGUGAACGAGAUGAAAUCGGAAGCACCGCACGCCAUGCAUCGCGUGCGCUUCGACUAUAUCGACAUCUUCCUGCACCCGCGCAUGGUCAACUACUUUAGCCGGCUUCCGCCGGAAUGCGCCGCAACCAACAUGAGCAAAGCCUUGUUCGCUCGCCUACUCUGUCAUGAACUCUUGCCUGGUGAUGUGGUUCGGGCGAUUGCAAUUGACCUCGGUGACAUCCUGGUCUUUGAGGAUAUACUUGGCUUAUGGCAGGAGGGUGAUUUGCUGCAGUCCGACGAGCUGCUGGCGGCAGCCUCACACCGCUCAGCAGAAGAAACGAUGCGCCACACGAAGCCAACGAACCUGAACGGUGGUUUGGUGUUGUAUGAAGUCGCCCGAAUGAGGGAAUCUGGAUAUACAGAGGACACUUUACGAGCCGCACGGCAAGGCCUAGAGCGUGGUUACGGGCACUUCUGCAUGUGGGACCAGGACAUCAUCAACGCCAUGCACCAGGACUUGUGGGGAGGUCACCGCGUGCGAGUGCUUCCAUGCAGGUGGUCACUUUUUCCUGUGGCAGGUUGGCAGUUUUUCUGGAACACGCCAUCUUUCUGGCUUGAGGAAUUUGUCCAGCGAAGACGCUAUCCGGGAUUUCUGGGCGUCGAUCACUUUGAACACUUCUGCCCUGGACCUGUCUUGAUGCUGCACACAAUCUUCGCAUUUGGGGGCAAGAGGGACCGUCAGUUGGCGCGGGAUGUUGCGCUGGUCCAAGGAACUCGAAAUGAUCAGCCAGGCUCUGCAAUACGUGGAGCAGACGGUAGCAUGUGCUCUUGUGGUGAAAAAGCGGCACUCCUGCACGUGCCCUCAACCAUGAAGCUAUGGCCGUGGGUGCAACGGCUCUUUAGCUUCCUCAGUCCACCUUUCCUCGAGAAGGCGAGCGAAGAAGCUUUGUUCAAGUCUCGCACGGAGCAGGGCGAGGCGAUCGGUGGUGGAUUUUGGGGUGCCGAGGGCGAGAAGGAGAUGUCUUCCAUGAGACAGGGGACGCUGAGGUGGGCCAUGUCUGUCGGAGCGACGCUGGUAUCCAAGAACUGUGCCACGCUGCCAACGAACGACGGCAACUAUGCAGAUGUACAAUUCGAACACUGGGAGCGAAGUGACACGCUCACGCUGGUGGUUCAGACGAAUGCCAGAGAGGACGCCCAUGUAUUUCUGGGGAAGAUCACACCGAUACCGAAUGCGCUCCAUGCGGUCGGCCUGGAAAUAGUCGUAGAUUCUUCGGACAAGUCUGGAACUUUGCUGCGAUGGGGUAUGGGCAUUCACGGGGAGCAGCUCGCUUUCCACAGUGGCCGCAUCCUGCAGGACGACGACAGCUAUUCCACAUUCUGGAUACAGGUGACAUCUGCGGGGCUCGUCAUGGUUGGCUCUGGAGGGAACACGACAGACUUCGAGAGCAUCUUGAUUCGGGUCAGGCUCCAGCUCCAGGGUGGCGGAGGGUACGACCUAGCAGAGAUGGGUCAUGUCUACGUGGGAUCGCUCCCCGAGCAGAGCGUGCAAUGGCUGAUUUGUCACCAGUGA